AUGGACGCGCAGAAGGCGAGUAUCAAUCCCGUCAAUAAUUAUCAUAAAGGGUCCGCGCGCGACCCUGAGCGGACAGGUGCGUGCACGGGGCAGACUGUCGCGCGUGCCCGUGUGUGCGUGAGUGACAGCAAUCUCAGAUCAGUCAUCACGGAACUCUAUGGUGCGCGCUUCCUCCGGUCCGUGCGCGCUCCCGUGCAGGGUCAUUUAGCGGUGUCCAAACUGCGGCCCGCGGGCCUAAAUCUUGACAAUGAGGCGCUGCGUCGCAUCAUCCUCACUCUGACCAAUAAGAACCAAGACCUGAAGGACUACAUCCAGGACCUGAACCAGACCCAAGACCAGCUCCAGGAGGAGUCAUGUCGAGUGAUGUCAGAACUGGAGGCGGAGCUAGAGCAGCUCAGCUCCGCCCUAGAGGAGAGGGGGGCGGAGCUACGAGCAGAUAUUAUCCAAUCACAGCAGAGGAAGGAGGCAGAACUUCAAGCUCAGCAGGGGGAGGGGCUUAGUGCUCUGGCGGCCAGUGAGGAGCUGCUGACGAUGGCAAGCUCCGCCCUCGACAUCAUCGACGACGCCCAUUUUCAGCAGGCGGCGAGGGAGAUCCGAGAGCGCGUCACCAUGGCAACAGCGUUCCGUCUCUCCCCUCGCCCGCUCCGAGCGCACAUGUCACACUUUUCCGUCGACUUCAGUACAGAGAGGGCGGGGCUUCAGGCGCUCAACUUCCUGCCAGCCUCAGCCUCAGCCUCUGUCCUCUGUCCUCAGCCUCUGUCCUCAGCCUCUGUCCUCAGCCUCUGUCCUCAGCCUCAGCCUCAGCCUCUGUCCUCUGUCCUCUGUCCUCAGUCUCUGUCCUCAGCUCAGUACCGGUUUGAAGGCACCGGUUUUCCUUCGAUCCCGCAGUUGAUCGAGCACCACGUCAGCUCCAAACAAGUCAUCACCAAGAAGUCUGGGGUGGUGCUGCACCGCCCAGUGGCCAAGGAUAAGAAGUGGAUCCUGAACCAUGAGGACGUGACGCUGGGAGAGCUGCUGGGGAAGGGUAACUUUGGGGAGGUGUACAAAGGCGUCCUGCUCAGAGAUAAAACUCCUGUUGCAGUGAAGACCUGUAAAGAAGACCUGCCUCCAGAGCUGAAGAUACGCUUCCUGUCAGAGGCCCGGAUCCUGAAACAGUACGAUCAUCCGAACAUCGUCAAACUGAUCGGAGUCUGUACUCAGAGACAACCCAUCUACAUCGUCAUGGAGCUGGUGUCAGGAGGUGAUUUCCUGUCGUUUUUAAGGAAAAAAAAGGACGAGUUAAAAACCAAACAGUUGCUUCGGUUUUCCAUCGACGCUGCAGCCGGAAUGUCGUACCUGGAGUCUCACAACUGUAUACACAGGGACCUGGCGGCUCGGAACUGUCUGGUGUCUGAUGGAAAAGUGCUGAAGAUCUCUGACUUCGGGAUGAGUCGCCAAGAAGACGACGGCGUUUACUCUUCAUCAGGACUGAAGCAGAUCCCCAUCAAGUGGACGGCUCCGGAGGCCCUGAACUACGGUAACUAUGGCAACUGUGGAGGUCCUGGACUACGUUUGGGGGUGUGUCCUUAUCCUGGGAUGACCAAUCAGCAAGCUCGAGAGCAGGUGGAGAAAGGUUUCCGGAUGUCCCGCCCACAGCGAUGUCCAGAGGAAAUCUUCAAAGUGAUGACGCGAUGUUGGAACUACAGCCCAGAGGAGCGGCCGCGCUUCAGCCAGGUGCACCGCGAGCUGGGCCAGGUCCGGGUCUGA